AAAGUUUGUGAGCGCCUGUUUUGAUGGGCCAGUAUAUUUUUUUUAGAAAAGCUUUUUGGAGAGCGUGGGGGCUGAGCAAUCAGACGGACCCGACUGAACUUCCUUCCUCGCCUGGACCUGAGAGGAGGGGAAAAAAGAAGGAGAAGAGAAAAAACAGGUCGACGCUUUUAUAAACGGGGACUAUGCUCAGCUUUCAGUCGCUGUAUCAGCUUCAGAUCGUCAAACACAGACGUUCACGCCACCGGGGUCACAAUCGGAGGCCUUUUUAAGCUCGGCACCAUGAUUCCAAGAAUGCUUCUUUUCUCUCUGCUUUUCCUCUGUGGGCUGCAGGAAGCUCUCCUCUCUCCGCUCGUACGUUGUUCCAAGAACGCAUUUUGUGCUUUCGACGUUCCCGUGGAUCUUCGAGCCGCCAAAGAAACGUGUGAGAAAUAUUCUGGAAGCUUAUAUCAGUUCAACUCCAAGGAAGAACUUGGUGAUUUAACGACUCUAACCAGACUCAACGGUAAAUACUGGCUGCAGAGCAGCGACAAGACGGCUCCGAACUGCCCCGUGGUCUCCAUGACGGAGGGACAGGGCGCCACAGUGGUGAGGGUUCCGUGUCAAGACCAAAAACUGGACGGAUUUUUCUGCCAGAUGACCAAGUAUUGCAGUCCAUUGAAUGCGUCGCCAGGCACAGCUGUGAACUACACCUUAGAGACCUUUAAGUUCGGUUAUUCGGAGGUUUUUCCACUGGGAACCACGGCUGAAGAACGAAAGCUCGGUGGUAAAUAUCCAGACUCGAAGCACUUGUGCUUCUACGAGUGGCUGAAAGCUCCGUGGAAAUGUGAGGUGAUGGGUGGAGGCUGCGAGCACGAAUGCGAUUCUUCAGUAGCCGGCUGCGUCUGUCCCACCGGGCUCGUCCUCCAUCGCAAUAACGUCUCCUGCUCCAUGGGCGCGUGCACAGAGUGCGCGCAAGGAUCCCAGCGGGAGGGUGACAGCUUCCAGUGCAAGUGCAACAAAGGCCACGACCUGGGCCAGGAGGGGAAGAGCUCCGCGGAGGCGGAUGAAUGUAAGGCAUGCACAGCUGAUCAGAUGUGUGUGAGUACGCGCGAGGGCCACGAGUGCAAGUGCAGAUUUCACGGCUUCGUUUUGGAGGAGGGAGCGUGCCUAAAUCUAACGAUCUGUAAAUCCUGCGAGCACGACUGCGCUAAAGUCAACGGGGAGUACCGGUGUGUGUGCCGGCGCGACUUCAUGGUGUCACCGUCAGACCCCACCAAGUGUAAGCUGAACUGCACCGACAGGGACUGCAGAUGCAUCCCAUCGGGCGGAGGCAGCUGCGAAUGCCUCGAUGGCUACGUUAAAGACAACGUGAACGGCACAGACUUUUGCACAGACAUAGACGAAUGCGAGGCUCAGCGUAUGUGUGACCACGUGUGUGAAAACUUCUUCGGUGGUUACAGGUGUCGCUGCCGCGAAGGCUUCCAGCUGCAGGGCAAUGGCAAGUGCGUGAGCUUGUCCGAGGAGCAGGAGAAAGAAGACGAUGGCUCAGGCUCUUCCUCUCCGAGCGUCACAUCGACCGGCGAGCCGACCAGCGCUCACCCGGCUUCACUGCCCCCCUACAUCAAAACCGGCAGCGUCCUGGGCAUCGCCGUGUUCAUCGUGCUGGUUGGCGGGCUGCUGGUUUUCCUGCUCCGGAACAUCUUUAAACGUUGCGGCAGUCUUGAACUCCCACCCCUCAGACGACCAGAUAUAGAUAUCUUCUAUCUGCAGCAGGUGACCACGGAGACCUACAAGAGGCUGUCCUUCGACAAGCAGUUUAAAAAUGACACCCAGAAACUUGAACUGAACCUGUGAAGUCGCACAGCUGAGCCUUCAUUUCAAGUCAAACGCACUGGUUUCUCCGCGGAGAGGCUUCAUAGCCCAGCACUGCAAUAAAUGGCACACUGUAAAUUUAGAGUAUAAACGCUGCACAUUAAGUUUUCUACAUGGGAGCACAGUUACUGGCCUAUGGUUUGUAUUCCACUAAAACACAUUCUGCUCAGUUUAUGGGGUGGCAUUUGUGCCAAAAUUAUGCUGACAAGCGUGGAGUCAUUUAUUUCUUGUCUACUUUGAGCAAAAUUGUUUUCGCAUGCAGGCUGUUUGUGUUAACCCUCACAGCACCUUUAAUGUUGCGCUCCUGCAUUGUCCAGCAUGUGGGCCCGAUGUGCCGCUUGAGCGUUAUGUCGUUCUUCUAGUUAUUUGUAAAGAAAACAUAUUUUUGAUUUGUAUGUAAUAAUAUCCAGAAUAAGAAUUUAUUUUCAAAAACUGCUCAAACAAAAUCCAGAAAAAUAUACAAAAAAAUUGUUUUCAAUUAAAUAUUAGAUGUAACUGCAAAAAAUGGAAGAAGAUGUCAUGUGAAAAAUCAUCACGCACAGUCUGUUAAAAUAGUGUGGCACAGAUUAAUUCAGGAUUCGAUUCAGAGUUGAAAAGCAGAAACAAAUGCUUCAUCGCAUGUAUUCAGACAUCAUUUUGGCACAGGUGGAAUUACCGACAGUUUGCAGUAAUGUAUAAAUGAUACUAUGAUGGAAGAAAUCUAACAGUAAUGGUACUGAAAAGUUUAUCUAUAGCUAGAGUCCCAUUCCAAACAAGCUCAUAACAGCCAUGCUGUUACAAGGUGAUCCAUCUUAUUGGUCCUCAAGAAAAUGCUUUUGUAUUUGAGAAGUUAAACCUUGCGGUCACUCUCCAGUUUUGAAGGAGCUACAGUUGCUCUUUGUAGCCUGUUAAUGACUUACUGUGACUGACGUUUGCUCACAAAAUCAGCCCCAAACAUAAGACAUUUUGGAGUGACUCACCAAAUUCUCUUUAUGUAUGAUUUCACUGAAUGUAAAACUUUGAUUUUUAUGUUUAUUUUUUUAUGGACAUGAGGAAUGUUAAGGAUGCAUUGAUCUAUCAGCUGAAUGUCUUUAUCUGAUGAUUCUGGAUUUGUGGACUGAGAUCAGCAAACACGAUGGGUGGUGAAAAGAAAUUAUUCCCUUGAAUAAAAGAGGGAAGAAAUAGCAUCCUAAUGGAGACUCUUUGUAUAUCAGAGCAAACAUUUUGUCAUGUCUGUGCAAUCCUAACGCUCGCAUCAUACGAGGUUGAAUGUUAUGGUCUUUGCUGUGCAACAGAGCGAUCUGGACUGAUCAUGAAUGUAAAUCUGUGCUGCUAUGGUUUUGUAUGUAAAAUACCACUCUGUGCAACUGUUAGCUUUCACUUGUUGCUGUCUUUGCUAUUGUUGGAGUCAAUAUUACCCUUUUUUCUUUCCUUAUAUUUUAUUUUUUUAGACAAACCUGGUGUAACACUGUUUAAAUUGCUAUUAAAUUGUUAACUUUGGUCCAAAGGCCACAGGACUCUUUGGGGAACUCAAGAGUCCUUUAAAGUCACACAAAACGGGCUGAUAAAUGUGUACUUGUUUUGCAUGUGAUAAAUCAGUGAUCAUGCAAACCAAAGUGAAAUAUUUUGAUAAAUGUGUUAUCAUUUCUCUGGUUUUACCAUUUCUGCUGUCUGUGUCAGAGCUGGGGUCACACUCAGACACAUUCUCAGUGUUAGCAGUGAAAAAAAAAAGAUGUACACCUCUGGGUGUGAAAAGCAAAAGAUAACAUGAAGGGAACAAAUGCAGGGGGAUAAAGGUAUGUUUCCAUCAACAAUUACUGUAUUUUAUGACCUCAUUAAACAGAAGACUCAAACAAGCAGACCAGAGAACAUAUGUGAUGUUCAUGUGUGAGUCAUGUUCCUACAUAGUCCUGAUGCU